AUUUCACGUUUCCACCCAUCUCACUAGCGAAGCUUGUUCCACUUGCUCUCUUUAGCGUGGCGCUGUUUCAACUUUGUGGGCAAUUAGGUGAAGCAAAAAAGUUUCAGGCAUUUCUUUCUCUAUUUGUUUUCAUAUAAAUAUCAAUAUUAUAUUUUGUUCAUUCAUUGUUUCUCUGCUACUGUAUUUUUAAUUUUGUUAUUUGAAAUUACUUAAGAUAGAGUUGUGAUUUAUGACAAUAGUAGUUUAAGUGAAUGCCAACGUAUUGUUUGAUAUAAUGCCUCAAAGAGUUACAAUGAACACUGUAGUACAGAUACCUCUGAAAAAUGGUGUGUCCGUGUUAGUAUCGGACACCUACACCGAUACUUGUGAUAACAUUUAAGUUAUUCAUUUUUUAUAUUAUUACUAGUGUCAACGUGUCAGUAUCAUAUUUAGUGCCUGUGUCCGUUCUUUCAAUAAUUGUGUAAACCCCAAUUGUAACCAUGUCUAAGGAAAUUUAACAUAGAUGAUCUUGCUCCUGUAAUACAAUUCAAAAUAUGUAAAGUUAAGGAUUGAGAAGUAAGAACCACUUUUCAUUGAAAAAAUUAUAUGGACAGUAUAGUCUGUAUUGAGCUUCUGGUACUUUGUCCAUGUUUUAGCCAUAGCCAUCUCCCGUCGACGUUCUCUACCCACCGCUUCGAAUCAACACCGCCUCCUCGGAAACGUAUCUUCACUUUGACCAAGGAUUCAAUGGACACAACACUAAUGAAAAUGACAACAAACAAGAGGAAGAAAACUAACCGAACACCGGAAAACAAGUUCCAGUUCGAGCUCAAUUCAUGUUCUAAAUCAAAGGAUUUUCGGGGCGCAAUCUCGCUAUACGACGAUGCCGUUUCGAACAAAACCCGUCUCAAUCAACACCACCUCAAUGCACUACUCUACCUUUGUUCCAAUGCAGUCACAGACCCUUCGCUUAAACAGCUUGCAUUAGAUUAUGGAUUUGGUAUAUUUGAACAUAUGGCCUCCCAAAACAUUACUCCUAAUGAAGCUACUGUUGCCACUGUGGCUAGACUCGCUGCUGCUAAUGGGGAUGGUGAUCGCGCGUUUGAAUUGGUGAAAAAUAUUGGUGAUUACAAUGUUGCACCUAGGUUAAGGACAUAUGAUCCUGCAUUGUUUUGCUUUUGUGAGUAUCUUGAUACUGAUAAAGCGUAUGAGGUUGAGGAGCAUAUGAAUGGUGUUGGGGUUAGUUUGGAGGAAGAGGAAAUUGCGGCACUUUUGAAGGUUAGUGUGAAGAAGGGUAAGGCUGAUAGGGUUUACAGGUAUCUUCACAAGCUAAGGAGUAGUGUGAGGUGUGUGAAGGAAUCGACGGGAACGGUUAUUGAGGAGUGGUUUCGGAGCAGAGAGGGGCGUGAGGUUGGUCAGGGGGAUUUGGAUGUGGAGAGGGUUAGAGAAGGGGUUUUGAGAAACGGUGGAGGUUGGCAUGGUUUAGGAUGGGUUGGAAAAGGGGAUUGGGUUGUGAAUAGAACGAGUGUUGAUGGUGAUGGGAUUUGUCGUGGAUGUGGUGAGCAAUUGGUUUGUGUCGAUAUUGAUGAUGAGGAGAUGGAGAAAUUUGCUUCGUCGGUUGCUGCAUUGGCUGUGGAGCGCGAGGUCAAGGCAAAUUUUAGUGAAUUUCAGAGCUGGCUUGAGAAACAUGACCAUUAUGAAGCCAUAGUUGAUGGUGCCAAUGUCGGGCUCUACCAGCAAAAUUUUGCUGAAGGUGGAUUUAGCAUUCAGCAGCUUGAUGAUGUUGUGAAAGAAUUGUACAAUCAAAGCGGGGGAAAAUGGCCCCUGGUUGUCUUACAUAACAAGCGUGUAAGAGGGCUAAUGGAAAAUCCUUCCAUUAGAAAACUGGUAGAGGAGUGGAUGAAAAACGAUGUGCUAUAUACAACUCCAAAUGGAUCCAAUGAUGAUUGGUAUUGGCUCUAUGCUACCGUAAAACUCGGAUGCUUGCUUGUGACAAAUGAUGAAAUGCGAGAUCACAUAUUUGAACUCCUAGGAAGCAACUUUUUUAACCAGUGGAAAGAAAGACAUCAAGUUCACUACACUUUUGUUAAGGGGAAGUUGAAACUUCAGAUGCCGCCAUCAUAUUCAUUGGUUAUUCAGGAAUCAGAAAAAGGAUCAUGGCAUGUGCCUUUGGCACUAGGCACUAGCGACGAGUCUUCAAAACCCUGGCUCUGCAUUACACGCGCAACUGCUGAUGAUGCCGUUGCUACUGUUUCUAAUGGUGUGGAGACUUCUGGAAAUGGUCAUCGAGACGAGGCACAGAAAUUAGCAGGCAAUGUUGAUAGCUUAGAUUCUUCUCCAGUGAUCGAGAAUAAGAGUACUUCUGUGACUGGUAAAAGAAAAGAGAGGUCUUAUCCUUCAUGAUAGAUUUGAGUUAUCAUUUGACAUAAUUUAUGAUAGGAUCUUAAGACAUUAAUUAAUAUAUGUUGUCAACCCAUCUUAUGUGGAAAAAGGCAUUGGUGGCUUUUAUUAUAACUAAUGUCUAUUUCAAUUGUUAACCAUA